AUGUAAAUCAGAAAGGAAUAUUUCAGAAUUAAGAGAGAAAUAUCAUAAGAAAAAAACAAUGGCAAAUCGAGGACUAGUCGAGUGGACGACCUUAAAGAUUUCAAGGCUUAGAUUUUCUCAAAGCAAGAGACUUUUCUUAAUUAAGCAAAUGCAGGAGCUGCUGGAUUAAAGCAUUCUCAUAGUAAUAACAAUCUAUCUAAGUAUAAAACUAUGAAUCAGAAACCUCUUUAAGGCAACUCCACUGCUGUUUAAAAUAAUAAUAAUUUUGAUAGAUCUAACAAUUAAAACUAAACACCAAGUGAGAAUACUCAGUCAUAUUCAUAGAGAUUGAUGUCUAAGUACAAGUCAAUGCUAAAUUUAAAUGGAGAAUCAGUAUCUUCAAAUGCCUCUCCAGUCAGGGAUAUGCGAAUGACAGUUUAAUAAAACAAUCACAUCAAUUUCUAGCAUAAAAUGCAGCAAUCUGAUAACAAUCUGCAUGGAAAAGAUAGAUUAAUUAACAUGAGUAAAAGUCCCAACAGAGCUAGAUAGCUUCUGGCCUCUCCAGAUUUUAAGCUCAAUAACUAUAAUAAAUCUAGUCGGUAUCAAAGUCCAAAUAGCAAUGAUAACCACAACUAAGAUUCCUUGGCUGAAAAUAAUUAGAGCGACAGAUUCAACUAUGAAGGGCAGGUAUCCUAGGUGAAGUUCAAGACUUAUAUUUAAAAUCAAGCCUAAGCCCUAAAUAACUUGCAUGCCAAUUUUCAUUAAAACUACAACACUGUAUAGUCUCAGUAGAAACACUAAUAAAAUUAAAACACUGAUAGAAUGUUUAAAAUUGACGAUAAUCAGUACAGCACAUUGCCUAAGUAUAAGAAUAAGCAGUAUCAGUAGAUCAUAAAUAGCAAUCAUGUAGCAAAGAAGCCAUCUGAUUGGACUGAAUACAGUAAGAUAGACAGGGAAUCACAAAACUUUGUUGGGAUAUAAUAAGUCCCUCAACUUGAUAGACACUUUGAUAAUAAUUCAUUCAAUUCUAAGAGAAAAUCAAGCACAAAUGCUCUUUAUUCCUUUAAUGAAGAAUUCGUUCAUCAAACAUUCAGUAACUCAAGUUAUCACACCUCAAACUUAAGCACGCAUGAACACCCAAGGCCUUUUAUAAAUCCAGAAUAUGCUAUACUGAAAAUAUAAAGAGCAUUUAGGUCAUAUAUCUUACGAAAGAAGUAGCAGGAAUAUAUUUAUCAACAACAGCAACAGAUUUAAGAAUAGAAGCAGGCAAUUGAGUAUGAGUAGAUAAGAGACAACAUACUUCAAGUGCUAUAAAAAUACACAACUAUUUAGAAUACUUAAGUAUCUAGUCCAAGGGAGUCAAGCAUUAACAGAUCUAGCUAGAAGUAUUAAUAAUUAUAAAAAUAGGCACUGCAGUAUAAAAGAAAUAAUAGAAACUGUUUAGAUGGAAUUAUUUAAAGCAAGGACCUUAAAUAGUUUUAAUCUGAAAGAUAAGAAGACAAGGAGAACAUUAAAAUUAGUGAUAAUAUAGUAAGCCCUUUUAAUGAAGUAUACAAGAUACUUGGAGAAGUAAGCAAUAUAAUUCACAAUAUUGACUAAAACUCAGCCAAACCUAAUCAUCAAAUGACUGUUUCAUCUAACUAUAAUAAAGAAAUGAAAAAGGUAACUUCAAAUAAGAAAUAAUUAUCUAAAUUCAUUAACGGAAACUCAAAUCAUAAGGAGCUUCAAUAAAGUUAAAUGUCCGAAAAAAUUUAUGUUCCUUUACAACAAAAUCCGGUGAUAAAAUCUUAUGAGUCUUUGUAAACAAUGAGCAAUGAGUCAGAAUUUAGGACAUUUCAAAGCAGCAUCUAGGAGGAAAUGGAGCAAGAGUAGGAGUAUGACAUUAUCAGAUACAGAUGUGACAGUCCUUCAUUAUAGGAUACUCAGUCUAACUCCAAGUAUAGCUGGAUGAGAAAAUCAAAAUUAGGAUCAAUGCUUUCAAAUGAUACCUGCAUAUCAAGUGUGAUAUAGUCUUAGGCAACACCGACAUUCAAGUAGUUUGAGUAUAGGUGCUAGACCAUCAGAGAUAAAUUCGAUAAAUGCAAGAGAGCUGCUGCCCUUAAAAGCAAUAAAAAUCCAAAUACUCUAGCCAAUAAUAAAUUAUUUACCUAUAAGUGA